GCUCCAGGUCAGCGUGGUGAAGACCCAGUUCUCCAGCCUGGUGAUUACUCCUAUCCAUUUCAGUUUCUAAUCCCAAACAUUAACGUGCCGACCUCAGUAGAAGGAAAGUAUGGUUAUGUUCGCUACUGGUUGAAGGGAAUUGUUGACCGCCCAUGGAGAUUUGAUAUCACUACUAUAGCAGCCUUUACUGUAUUGGAAUAUGUGGACAUCAACACCCCUCUGCUUCUGGUAAUUGUUUAAAUUUUCAAUAACAUAAUGAUCUUUCCCUAGCGAAUCAAUGUAUCGGGUCUGUGCUUAGGCCCAGUUCAGACGUCGUGCUUCUUCCGUGCCGAACUUAAUUGUAAUUUGGUUCGACUGUAGCACGGCAGGAAAACAACUUUAAUUCAGACAUCGUUCCAGAGUCGAACCAAAUUCAGGAUUUACUGAUGCCUCGUAACAAUCCUUCUCCCAACUCCCCGUGGGAACGCGAUCUCGCCAAAAUACAUUAAUAUAAUUUAUGAAUUUUGUUUAGCGCGGCAGAAGCACGACGUUUGAAUCGCUGCCGUGCCAGAGCCGUGUAGCACGGCAGCGCUUGUCGAACUUAAUUGCUUGCCGAACUUAAUUCAAAAGUUUGAUUCAGACGCCGUGCUUCUGUCGAACUUAAUUCCUGAAUUUAGUUCGGCACGGCAGAAGCACGACGUCUGAACUGGGCCUUACUCUUGCAAAGCUUUUUUCCCAUGAGAAAAUACAGAGAGAGGAAAUCUGAAAACAUUACUAAGUUAUUGUUAUAACCUUUAUCAUGGGACCUAGGAAAACUUCAGGAGACAAAUUUUGGUAGACUCAAUUUUAAUUUGUGAUUCGGAAUAAGAAAGUGGUUUUGAAAGGAACAACAUUUUCCAAGUAUCGUUACGAUGGCAGCAUGGUUGUACUCAGUAUACAUGACUGAGGCUAUAGUUGUAUCCUAUUAUUUAAAGUGCCAUAAUGAAGGAGUAAUUUUGGAAGAAAACUGGCAGAGUAUUUGCAUCGUGAGAGUGCAAAAACUGGCAAAGAAAAGUCCAUUCUCGUCCUCAGAGCCUCCUGGGGGCCUGAGCACCAGGAACUGGAGGCUCUGGGGAAACAGGAUCUAAAGUCCUAGAUUUUAGGACUUCAGAUCUUUUCUUAUUUUCUACAACGUUUCUAAUGGCGUUCAUUUGCUCUUGCCGAAUUAUCAAUAAUAAGACCGUAAAUUUAGGUGAUUCAAAGCUUUUAAAAGAGAAUCCUCCAACUUCCUUUUGAAUCGGAAAUGACCGGAAGUCCUAAAAUCUAGGACUUAAAAUCUUGUGUCCCUAGAGCCCCCUGGUCCUCGUGCUCAGGCUCCCAGGAGGCUCUGGGGACGAGAAUGAGGAAAGUCCCUAAAGACCCCUAUUAAUAGCAGUUUGCUAAGCCUCUGAAAGGGCUACCCUAAAGUAAAUGAUAAGAAAAGGGCUCUCUCCAAAUGCCUAGAAAUUAGUAACAGUAAAAUCUAAUACCACCACAUAUUUCAACUCUUACUUCAUCAGCAACCUUGUCAGGUACAAGAGGAUCGUGAUGUGGGAUACCUGUGCUGUAUAUCUGGUCCACUCAGUACUACUGUCUAUACUGACAGAGGAGGUUACUGUCCUGGAGAAUCUAUUGGUGUCUCGGCAGUCUUUACCAAUAAUUCCAAAAGUGAGGUUACUGGGUUGGAGAUACAACUUAUUCAACUCACUGUCUUCAUUGCUUCUGGUGGUGGGUUUUAAAGAACCAGUUUCACACUUAAGAACGAGGAAUUAUUCAGUAGCUAAUUAAGGUUGAUUCCGAAUUUAAAUGCCUUCUCUGUUUUGACUGGCAGUGGGAAGCACUCAAUCUGCAAAUACUUCUAACUGUUACUAUAUCAUUUUUACGGUGUGAAAUAUAUAUUGAUCAAGCCUCAAAGACUAGGAAAGAGGUUUAAUUAAUGCUUCACCUCUUGUUGGCGACGAAAAAAAAUCCUAAUAUAGGCUCCCUACCCACUGUUAAUAGUUGACAACUUGCUGCCUUUUGUUGCAUGUACCACCAUUAGCAAUUUGACAAUGAUACCAAAUUUUGGUAAACCUUCUUUAGCUUUCUUUUCGUAGGAAAAAUUUUCAAAAUCUGAAAGAAUAAAAACAUAUAACUACUGUUACUAGUGGUUCCUUUUAGAAGGUGAAGUGCUGCGAGCAGAGGGUUUAGUUAUCAUAUUUCUUAAUACUGGGAGAAAAUAUUGGGAGAUUUUGAGUACUAAUGUCUAAAUUUUAUUAUAGUACAGAUCAAGGAUAAUUUCACUACUGUCAAUACUCUGAAAAGAAUCGCUCGAGCUUUCUUGCAAAGCUUCAGCAUAAUUUUGCAGAUUACGUUUGGAGAGUUCGCCUUGUUUUUGACUCAAUUGGGUCGCUUGGCUCAUUGCCCACAAAGCAUAUUCCCUCAGUUAUUUGUUUCUGUGACCACAAAGGGUCGUUUGGCACAUUGGCCACCGAGCAAAUCAACCUUAUUCCCAGGUUCUCUCUCCUACCCGUCUCGCUCCGCAGGGACGGAUAGGGAAGAACCCUGGGAACGAGGUUGCCAGCAGAUUCGCUCACUUCAGUUUGUUUGUCAUAGAUCAGAGAAAAUCGGCUCAACUCGUGAUUCGGUCUGUAGGUCACUUUCUGUCUCUCCUUUCGUAUCAACAACUUUUUUAAAUCAAUGAUACUUUGAAAGAAAAAAACCGAACAACUCCUUAAGUUUCACGGGAGCGCAAAGGAGUACAAAUUAUACUUCCCAAACACAGAAGGUUUCCAACACGAACUGUCAAGUCACUCUAGUGAGUUGUGAAAUGGGCAAAAGGACGCUGGAGAGAAAGCACGUGCUUGAGCCAACGUUACAAAGGUCAGCUGUGUUGCCGAUCCACACGAAAGCAAGGCAAAGUGAACUACUACAAGCGUCGAGGAUAACACUGGCAUCUGAGUGAAAUAGGUCUGCUGCGAGCGUAGCGAGCAGCAGAUAUAGAAAUUUAGUACUAAACUGAAUUAAUUUAACAAAUUUUACAGUAACUGCUGUGAAACUCAAAAAGCUAUUAGAAAUUGAGUCUCCUUGUACCAUUUGGUCUGUUACUGAAAAUGAUUGGAGAAGGCUAACCUCAGGAAUAGGGCCUAUGUGGUAGCUUUAGCUGUCUUAGGGACCGGUCAUUAUUUAUCACCUGGGGGGGAGGGGGAGCGGAAGAUUUGGGACUAAACAAGGUGAGAUUUAGCCGAUCCCCCCUUUGAAUGUUACUUCACUGAAGUGAUCCGCCUUAAUGACUUUUGAUGACUUUCGCCAUACCCCCCGCCCAAUGUCUUCAUUUUCCAAGUACAUUUUAGUGGUCCCCCCUCUUAUGAAUCCUUCCAAAGUUUUCAGCGAUCCCCCCUUUUGGGUUCUCAUUUACGACUGAUCCCCCCUUUUGUUCUCCCAAAAAUCAAGUGAUCCCCCCUAAAAUCCUUCCCCCGCCCCGUCAGGCGAUUAAUAAUGACCGGUCCCUUUUCAUGUAUGAUCCCUUCUUGACUCUCAUCUUCAUUAUGAUCUUUAUCUUCGUCAUCAUCAUCAUUAUCUUAAUUUUAUUUCUAGGAAAACAAAAACAACGAGAAGACAUGGUUGCCGAGACCACGUCUCAAGAAGGAGUGAAGCCUGGGGAAGAGACUCGCAUAAUAGUACCACUUCCAGUCCCCUCUCUGCCCCCGACCACGAUGGGUUGCAGUUGCAUAAAAGUAUCGUAUUUUCUAAGGGUAAUUUACUCAUUUUCUGUCCGGCAUUUAAUUAAUUUGUUUAAAAUGCCCGAUGUGUUUUGACGACUGUCAUUUGCUACCAGUGCCAUAAUGACAGUACUUGAAUCUGAGGUGACCGAUGAAAUUUUCGUAGUACAGUUAAGAACCUCACUUGCCCAAGCUAUAAUUUUCCUUGCAAUCUGAGGCUUCUCAUCGCGAAAAAAAAAUGAGAGGAAGGAGAUAGUUUCUUUUACCCUGAGAGACCUUAGCUAGCAAGGAACAAAUUAUUUUCCCUGCCGAGGUUUGCUUCACUUAACUCUUAAAAACCUUCAUUUUCAUUGGCAAACUAACCCUGAAAAUGCUCAAAUAAGAUGACUUGGAAUGACCAAUAAAUAAUUAUUCUUCCCACUGUCUUUCUCACACAUCUACUGAGAAGGGUGCUGGGUUGGUGUAGCUUAGACUCUCGUUUAAAUGUGAUAUAAAAUCGAGUUCAACGCCAACAGUUGUAGAUCAAUUCGGUCCUGUGGCUUAUUUAGUUUUCUUGUCUUCUUACAAUAGCUGAAAGUUAAAGUGGAUGCAGCCUUCAUCUCAGCAUUACACAUUAAAAAAAUUCCCAUCACUAUCGGCUCAGUUCCGUAUCGGCCUCCUCCUCCAGCCCAGUUCCCGCCUCCAGGUGCCGCUUUGACAACUCCUAGUGCUCCACCACUGGCAGAAUUUGAACGAGCGUCAGCUUAUCCACCAGCCUCUACACAGUAUGGUGGCCAUGCACAGACGUACCCAAAUAUUGGUUAGGAAAAUUCUGUAUCUUGUCUACCGUAGAAUUCCGAAAGUAAUGCCUCCCCGCCCCCCUCCUUGAAAAUAACAGCUACCCGAAAGUAACGUUACUUUAUUCUUCACCUUCCCCCACCCCCCUCCACUUCCCCCGAAAGACGCGGCCCUCCGAAAAUAACCCGUCAACUACAGUAAAACGCAGCAUUAUAUUUGAUGCCCCUACCCUCUAACGCAGACUUCUUUCCCGCUGUCGCUGCAGAAACAAGGGACAGCCUGAGUGAUUCUGCGUUCACGGGUGAAUUUGCUGUUUUGUUAAAAAAAUGCCAACACUUAAUGAUACUAAUUCGAUCUGGAAAACUGACACGCCUAGCUAUUGUGUGGGUAGACAAAGGAACCUACAAUUAAGGAGGUAAAAAAAUGCACAGCAAAGUGGUCAACGAUAAGCAGUUUGGGGAAACUAAGUAGACGGCCCUGAUAGACUGUUUGUGGAUUCGUAGUCGAUCUCGAAUGGUAAAGUUUAAUUAUAUCUUGCAUAAUGUAUUAAGAAAUAUAUAAAAGCUGGUUCUGAGUAUACUGAAACAUUUGCAAUUACGAAUAAGAAUAUUUGUUUUAAUGAUUUUUUUUUUCAGUAUAUCGUUUCGAAAUAAUUUUUUUAUGGUCGUCAAAUCAGCAUACCAAAUGGACCAAAUACAAAGGGGAAAAAAAACGGCUCAGAACUCUGUGACUUCGAGUUGACUUGGCUAAAUGCAACAUUUCUUGUUUUGAUUUCAGCUCCUCCUUCGUACGCAGAGUGUGUUAGCGGUGGAGCGUCUAUCGUUGAUGAAGGUGAUAAAAAGACGCUGGGUGAUACCAGCUUUACACCAAUGUACCCGUUUGUUAAUAACUACCAAUUUCCCUCCGCACCGCCUCCUUCAUUUCUCUAA